AUGCGAUUGACUGGCAACGCCCAAGACGAAAAGAGAGCUUCACACAUUGAAGAAGCACCUAUCACUAGGACCACCGAAUCAAAGGCACCGCGUUACUCCCUCUGGCGCCUGACUGCUACGGUGGUAUCGUUCAACAUACCUGACUGGCCCUAUGGACUCACUGGCAUCCUCUGCGCAUUUUUGACGGGUGGUGCAAUCCCUGCCCAGUCAGUCCUUUUCGCCAAAUCCAUAGCUUCCCUCGCUUUACCUCAGGACGACGAUGCAAAGUCUCAGGUCGCCUUCUGGUCGUGGAUGUUUUUCCUUCUUGCUAUAGUCCAGCUUUUCGCGUACCUGGUACAGGCAUAUGUCGUAGCGUGGUGCAGCGAAAAACUGAACUUGGCUGGAAUUUCCGGUUCGACCCUCAGUACGAUCCUCUCUGCGAUAGUCACUCUUUUUGCCGGAUUUAUCAUCGCAUUGGCGAUUGGCUGGAAGCUGGCUUUGGUAUGCAUCUCUACAGUUCCAAUCGUACUUGGAUGCGGUUUCUGCCGCGUCUGGGUGGUUGCUCGAUCACAGGCACUAUCAAAGCAGUUUUACGAAGAAUCUGCGUCUUAUGCGUGCGAAAACACUUCCGCCAUCCGCACCGUGGCGUCUUUGACGCGAGAAGAUGAGGUGCUUUGCAAUUAUCGCCAACAGUUGCACGAGCAAGGAAAACGCUCCCUCCUCUCAGUCUUGCGCUCCAGCGCACUCUACGCGGCAUCUCAAAGCCUCGGAUUUGCGGUCAAUGCCCUGGCCUUUUGGUACGGCGGCCAACUCAUUGCUCAACACGAGUACUCAAUUUUCCAAUUUUUCGUGUGCUUUUCCGCCACAAUCUUUGGUGCACAGUCCGCCGGAAUCAUCUUUAGCUUCGCGCCUGAUAUUGGGAAGGCCAAACAAGCCACGACUGAUUUAAAGACCUUACUUGAUCGCAGGCCGAUUAUCGAUAGCUCCUCGACGGAAGGCCAAUAUCUAAAGAGCACCAAAGGCGACGUUGAGUUCCGCGACGUGCAUUUUGAGUAUCCAGUUCGGUCGCACGUCGCUCUUCGGGGCCUUAACCUUCACAUCAAACCUGGCCAAUACGCGGCACUUGUCGGAGCGUCUGGAUCUGGAAAGUCGACAGCGAUUUCGCUCCUUGAAAGAUUCUACGACCCGAAAAGUGGCGCCAUUUACUGGAUGGAAUCGAUGUGA